AUGUCACCUAUUUUUUGAAGCGUUGAAAAAGACUUUUCACGACUGGAAAACGAGUUUAAUUCCUCCUGACCUGAAAAUAAAGCUGUCCAAGCGUCCCAUGGAUCAGCAGAGCAGUGACGAGGAUGCAGACGCUGACUUCGACACCCAGAUCAUCAUCCAGCAAAGUUUGCUGGAUGCGUACAAGCCAGAACUAACUGGACGCACUCCGGAAGAUGAGAGGUAAUGUCUGUCUCUCGGGCAUCUUUUUUCAAGUGAGGACUAUAAGAAGAUAGUUGAAGCAAUCGAGACAGGUAAGGAAGACGCAUUGGCAAGCUUUGCCAAGUACCAUCCCGCCUUUGAUGAAGCCAACGGGAGUGGCUGGCUUCCUCUGCACAAGGCGGCAGUGCAGUUAAACAAGAACAUCUUAGAAGUAACCCUGCAUGCUUCCAAACCCAGUGUGUGGGAACAAACCACCCGUAACGGCGAAACACCCCUGUUUUUGGCUGUCAGCAGUAGCCUCUUGGAAAACGCCCAUUUUCUCCUUCUCAAUGGCUGCGAUCCAAAUGCUAAGAAUUUUGAAGGCAAUUCUCCUCUUCUUACAGCUGUUCUGAAAGACUCCUACGACAUGGCCACCUUGCUGAUCAAUCACGGAGCGAAUGUCAACCUUCGGUGUGCCAAUGAGAGGACAGCUCUCCAUGAAGCUGCCAAGCUAGGCAGACAGGACAUGGUGAAGCUGAUGCUGAGCUCUGGAGCAAACCCAGAUGCACGGAGCUCCUACGGAUUCACACCUCUUGCCCUCGCUGCUCAAGGCGGACACACUGAAACCAUGCAACUACUACUGCAGAAAGGAGCUGACGUUCACAGUCAGGCCUCUGACUCCUCCUCCGUUCUCCUUGAAGCUGUUAGAGGAGGGGAUCCUGACUCUGUGAGUCUCUUGCUAGAGUAUGGAGCUGAUGCCAACAUCCCUAAAAGUUCAGGCCACCUGCCCAUCCACGUGGCAGCUGACAAAGGCCACUUCUUAGCUCUAAAGGAAUUGGUCCCAGUCACAGACAUAGCAGCCAUCAAGAGGAGUGGAAUCAGCCCGCUUCACUGUGCAGCAGCUGGGGCGCACCCCCAAUGCCUGGACCUUCUCAUUCGGGCUGGAUUUGAUGUGAAUUUCAUGCUGGAUCAGAGAGUCCGUAAACAUUAUGACGAUCAAAGGAAGUCAGCCUUGUAUUUUGCUGUUUCAAAUGGUGACCUCUCUUCAGUUAAGCUGCUUCUGAGUGCUGGGGCUCUACCCAAUCAAGACCCAGUCAACUGCCUACAGAUAGCUCUCAGGAUGGGCAACUAUGAGCUCAUAAACCUAUUACUGAGGCAUGGGGCCAACGUCAACUACUUCUGCCGAGUUAACCCUCUGCAUUUCCCAUCAGCACUGCAAUACACAUUGAAAGAUGAAGUCAUGCUCAGGAUGCUGUUGAACUAUGGCUAUGACACUGAGCGAUGCUUUGACUGUCCUCAUGGGGAAAGGGUUCAUCGUUGUUGUACUUUUGAAGGCUGGACAUCUACCGUUAUUAAAGAUACUAUGUUUUGCGAAGUCAUAACUUUGUCAUGGCUACAGCACCUCUCAGGAAAAGUUGUUCGUGUGAUGCUUGAUUAUGUUGACCAAGUUCAAAUCUGUUCAAAAUUGAAAGCCGUGCUCGAAAAACAAAAGCUCUGGCCAGAAAUACAUGUUAUCUUGACAAACCCCCGUUCUCUACAACACUUAUGCCGCCUCAAGAUCCGGAAGUGCAUGGGACGGUUACGUCUACGCUGCCCGGUCUUCAUGUCGUUUCUUCCGCUGCCCAAUGUCUUAAAAGCUUACGUCCUUUACAAGGAGUAUGACCUUUACGGACAAGGAAGCUCUACAGGCACAUGGUAACUGGGCUCUGCUGGAGGGAGAGGUAUAAGCUGCAACAUCCUUCUUAACAAUUCGCUUGCUGGCAAUGGCUUUUCCUUUUCUUCACUCAGUAAUUAAAGUCUCAGAGUAGACAACGUUGUUUCAAAAGCUGUUCUAUGUAGGAUACCUCCCUGUGACCUGUUGGUCAGAGGUUUCAGAAACCUUUCAAAUAAUACAUUAUCUGAACUGUUAUUGAAUACAAAUAAUCAUUGUUCUUGGGGGCUGGAGAGAUG